AUGUCACAAAGCCCUCGAACAACGGAUGUCGAAGGACAGUCGGUAUCACACUCAGCAGCAUUGCAAGCAGACGCAAACCAGCCGUCACCUGACGAGCAUGAGCAGCAAGAAAUGAGUAGAGGCCCUGAUGAUCCCGGUGAUCAUGUCAUGAGUGGUUAUGACUUUGAGGUCAAGGAGCAGGAUCGUUGGUUACCCAUUGCAAACGUCAUGUCUUCUGCAUCCCGAGUACCAUCUCGAUCACAGCCACUGCGUCCCCGGAACACUAAGAACGAUGUUGCUUCCGAUGCUAACAUACGCAACUUUGCACCAGUCGCGCGAAUUAUGAAAGGCGCUCUCCCAGACAAUGCCAAAAUCGCAAAAGAAGCCAAGGAAUGCAUGCAAGAAUGCGUUAGCGAAUUCAUCUCCUUCAUCACAAGUGAAGCUUCGGAGAAAUGUCAGCAGGAGAAGCGCAAAACCGUUAAUGGCGAAGACAUUCUCUUUGCUAUGACCUCGCUAGGUUUCGAGAACUACGCUGAAGCGCUCAAGAUCUAUCUGGCUAGAUACCGGGAGACGCUUGUGGCUAGAGGCGAGCAUCAGAGACCAAUGACUGCUGGAGGCAGUGUCAUGAACUCUGCCGGCGGUGCCCAAGAGACAUCGCCCUACGAAGGUAGCAACCACGGUGCUGCUGUUCUGAACAACGCGAUGGAGCCGGCUGAGAGCUCAACCAACGACUAUGCUUAUGGAGUUGGCCAAGGAGCAGCGGGAGGAGAAUAUUAG